CCUUAUCCGAAAUAAAACCCACCAACAGCCGAUUCACCUCGGCGGCAUACCGUCACCUCCCAUAAGCCCAAACCACGGGCCGCCGGCGGUAACUGGAACGCCUUAUAGGACUCCCUCUUCCUCCACUCCUCUUACCGAUCCCCAAAUCGUCUCACCAUCUCCGCCGCAAUGCCCUCGGCCGCUGCCGCCUCUGUCACCGCCACUUCCUCUCUUUUCUUUGUUGGUCAAACCCUCAAGCCUCCCGCCCUCAUCCGUUUCCGCCGCUCCGCCUCUACGGAGGUCUUCUCCUCCCGCGCCCGAUUCCCGCGCCUCGUCCCCGUCCGCGCCGCCGUUGCCAUCGAGAAGGAGACCCCCGAGAACGAGCGGCCCGAGACCUUCCUCCGCGAGGCCGAUGGAUCCCAUUCCGCCGCUGCAUCAGCGUCCGCCUCCGUUCGCGCCCGCUUCGAGCGGAUGAUCCGGGAGGCUCAGGAUGAGGUGUGCGCCGCUAUCGAGGAGGCCGAUGGCGGAGGAACGUUCAGGGAGGAUGUUUGGUCGCGGCCGGGAGGAGGGGGCGGCAUCAGCCGGGUCCUGCAGGACGGGGCGGUGUGGGAGAAGGCCGGGGUUAAUGUAUCGGUGGUGUACGGGAUUAUGCCGCCGGAGGCUUAUCGUGCCGCCAAGGGGGAGGCUGGAGCCACGGAUGGGUCGGCAAAGGCGGGGCCUGUACCGUUCUUUGCAGCUGGAAUCAGUUCGGUUUUGCAUCCAAAAAAUCCAUUUGCACCAACAUUGCAUUUCAACUACCGGUACUUUGAAACUGAUGCACCAAAAGAUGCUCCUGGGGCACCCAGGCAAUGGUGGUUUGGUGGCGGCACUGAUUUCACCCCCGCUUAUAUCUUUGAGGAAGAUGUUAAGCAUUUCCACAUGAUCCAAAAGCAAGCAUGUGAUAAAUUUGAUCCAAGUUUCUAUCCCCGAUUCAAGAAAUGGUGUGAUGAUUACUUCAUUAUAAAGCAUCGCGAUGAAAGGCGUGGCUUAGGUGGCAUAUUUUUUGACGACCUUAACAACUACGAUCAGGAGAUGCUUCUUGCUUUCUCUACGGAAUGCACAAAAUCUGUUGUCCCAGCAUACAUUCCCAUUAUAGAACGAAGGAAAAACACACCUUUUAACGAGCAGCACAAGGAGUGGCAACAAUUACGAAGGGGACGCUACGUAGAAUUCAAUCUGGUAUAUGAUCGCGGCACAACAUUUGGUCUGAAGACCGGAGGACGGAUCGAAAGCAUCCUUGUUUCCCUUCCACUAACUGCUCGGUGGGAAUAUGACCAUCAACCCGAGGAAGGAACCGAAGAAUGGAAACUCUUAGACGCAUGUAAAAACCCAAAGGAAUGGCUCUAAUCUUCACCAAAUAUUCGAUAGACAAGCAACUAUAAGUUAAAUUUAUUGCUGGUUUGUGUUGAGCACAAGGAACCUUAUGAUUUAUCUACAUUCUAGGCCCAUUUGUAGCAUGGAUAAAUUUGAUCAGGAAUGGAGUCAAACAGAGAUUGUAAUGAGUUGCAUAAUUUUAAUCUAUUCAAGGUUUUGCAAAA